CCAGGAAAUGGCCCUCUACCACCUCAGUCCUUCCUUCGAAUACCAGAUUCCACCGUGGAAAAGCCACGUCUGGCAACGUGGAAGGAACGCCCUUGGUUCCCCAAGUUCCAGGAGAAAACUUACUUUCCGAGAGAUUGCCAGGGCGGUGAGAUUCUCGUCGAUGAUGUACAAACAAGCCCUCCUCCGACGGAUCAAGGCGACGAUCCUGUUCGCGAGCGAGACGGGGCGAUCGGAGCGAUUCGCCUCCAAGCUCACUUCCCUCUUCGCCCAAGCUUUCAACUCCCAGAUAUAUUGCAUGUCGGACUACAACAUCGCGGACCUCAAGCACGAGUCCCUCGUCCUCGUGGUCACCAGCACAACCGGCAACGGCGACCCUCCCGAGAGCGGAGAGGAAUUCGCCAAGUGGCUGCACGCUAUGAAGAUGGGAGAGUCUCUCGGCCGCCCCGAAAGCAUCAAACGACUCAACUCCCGAACCCUGGUGAGAUCCGGCAGCCAAGGGGGGGAACACCGCGAGGAGAAGGCGGUCGCCGUGGACGCUCUCAAGCCGCUCUGCGACGUCAGGCAAGCGCUUCACAGCGGAGCCUCUCAAUGUGCACAAUGCAGGUUCGCCGUGUUCGCGUUGGGAUCGUCGUCGUACCCGAACUUCGCCUCCUUCGGGGUUUACGUGGACAACCUGCUCAGGGAGCUGGGCGGAGAGAGGAUCCUCCCCCUGGCGUAUGGGGACGAGAUACAGGAGACCAUGCUGCUCCGAAUGGACACAAGAGGGCGGGAGGAGUUCGGGGGAUAUGCGCCUGGAGAUCACCUGGGGAUAUUCCCCGUGAACGAGGAGGAGCUGGUGAAGCGGAUCGUGUCGCGUCUACAGGGUCUGCCGCCGUCGGAUUGCCCCGUUCGGUUGCAGCGGCUCGUCGAGAAGUUCUCCGCCAAUGGUUUGGCGAAAGUGUGGGAGGACGUGGAAACCGUAGGGACAGCAACUGUCGAGGAGCUGCUGUCCAGACACCUGGACAUCUGCACGCCUCCCACGCCUGGUCUUCUUCAUUUUCUCUCCUCUUCUGCUUCCGAUCCUCAAGAGCGGGAACGUCUCCUCCAUCUUGCUACGGACGCAGACGCAUACGAGGAAUGGCGCCACGACGGUUACCCCAACUUGUGGGAAGUGCUGGAGGAGUUCGGCUCGGCGUCCCCCGAUGCGGCGAGGCUGCUGAUGGAGCUGCCGAGCCUGAAGCCUCGCUUCUACUCCAUCAGCUCCUCGCCGCUUCUGCAUCCCAAGGAGAUUCACAUCACCGUCGCCCUCGUCACCUACGUCACCAAAGCGAAAUGGGAGGCAUGCGGCGGGAUGGUCCUGUAUUCCGGCUGCAGGUACAAGACGUGGAAGCUGUAUCACCUGGAGGCGCGGGAAAUGCUCGCUGCGGGCGUUCUCAAGGGCGUUCAUUUCGCCGUGUCCAGGGAAACGGGCACACCGAAGACGUACGUGCAAGACCUCCUAAAGAAGAACUCGUCAGAAGUGUACGAAACCGUGGUGACUCGUCGAGGUCACAUGUACGUGUGCGGAGACUGCACGAUGGCCGAGGACGUUCACCGGACGGUGAGGGACAUCAUCCAGACCCAGGGCGGCCUCUCUCUGGAAGAGGCUGACGCCGUCAUGACCUCCCUCCAAGAGGAGAACCGAUACCACGAAGACAUCUUCGGCAUCACGCUGCGAACCGACGCCGUGCACGGGCGGGCCACGACGAUCCAGGAACGGAGUCGCCUCGCCAUUCAAAACGCUCGCCGAUUCGACAAAUGAGAUCGGGGGGCUCUUCAUUUUUUGCCGGAUCAUUCUUAAACGGCCAUUGCUCUGCACAGUACGAUCUGGAGCAUCGAACUGGUAGUUUCAGCCGUUCUGUCGUUGGGGUUUUUCUCAGAGCAAAUAUUCUCAAAUUUUAUUAUCAAAUAUUAUCAUUAAAUAUUAUCAUAUUUCCACAUUCGAAAAAGUAUUAUUUUCGAAUGCGAUUCUGUUCCUAUAUUAUAUUUACAUUUACUUGUUAAAUUGGACUUCUGGAGCUCGUAAAUUCGCUUUCGAAAGGGAGAAAUGUACAGAAAUGCUUUAAAACUGAUGAGUCUUAUUCAUAUUCGAUUCACCGUGCGCUGCUUAUUCGUCCGGAUUUGACAAUCGCCUGUUAUAUUAUUUGAAAUGUCUGAAAUAUUACUUGCCACAACGCCGCAGAUGUCUUCGAUCUAGAGUUCGAUGCUUCCAUUCAAGUUAUGCAUUAUUUACGUCGCAGACUUGAUUACUUAUUACUUCAUUUAUAUACGCCAUAACCGAGAACGAGAGGGGACCAUCGUGAACCCUAUUUCCUAUUACAGUGAAAUUCCAUUGAAAUCCAGACGGCAAUUCCCCCAAUAUGUUUCGAUAUUCCUUUAGGAAAAGGGGCUGCAUGGUCGACGGAGUGCCGCUUCUGCAUUUUAUCAUUCACGAUUUUAUCAUUUAUAUUCAAUCACGUAUGAUUCCCGCAUGCCUAUUCAUAAUAAAACUCUGCG